AUGAAAGUUGCACACCUGGUUUAUGUCUUAGGCAUCAUAUCUGUUGCUCAAAGUGAUCCCCAAGUCGACUUCAGCUCUAUUGUGAGCGCAGUGAUAAGCGCUGCAGGUAGUGGAGCUACGGAAUUUAGCAGCAUUUCUUCCGAUCUAGCCUCUUUCAUCAGCUCCAUCGAAAGUGAAGUAAGCACGGCGACGGGAUCGGAAGCAUCAUCACUUAGCUCCGAAAUUACAUCGAUUACUUCGAAUGAGCCGGCUAUUGUUUCCUCUAUUGAGAGCGCACUUUCAACGGUAUCCGCAACGGUAACAGUGUCGAAUAUUUAUACAACCACAACUGCUACAAAGACUGGUGGAUCAGCCGUUGCUACAAGUACAUCAGCUGGUGCUACGCGGACUGCUCAGGCUGACCUUGUGCUAUCAGGAGUUGGUAUCUCCGGACUACUCGCUAUUCUUGCUGCUUUGUAA